UGCCAUGGUUACUGCUGUUUAACUUUCCCUGAAACUGAACCCUAACCUCCAGCCGUGAAGCUGCUGGGGGGCCGACUGGGGGCUCGUCUGAGGCUUUGAAUGCAAAUGUGAUCACCUGAGGAGUCCUUCAGGUGUGAGGACGGCCGGACUCCGGCUCACAUUUACUGUGACGGCGGACAAAAUGAGCGGGUGACUUCAGAUAGAAGAGAUCGGUUUUAAAUUUGGAUUUAAACUAAAAAAACAUUUUUUGAUGGAGGAGGAGCAGCCUAAAGUGACCAUGUCCUGCAGAGCACAUGUGGAGAAAGGGGUCACUCCUCGUCUUCAGAAGCUGAGGCUGGUCCUCUUGGGAGACAGAUGGUUGGACAAGAGCGUGGCGGGAAACUCCAUCCUCAGGAGACCCGUGUUCGACCUCAGCAGGGACGUGAAGAUGUGCGUGAAGGGCCAAAGCGUCCUGGAAGACGGCAGGAGGGUGGUGGUGGUCAUCACCCCUGAGCGGUGGAUCCACUACUCCAUCCGGGACCCCGACCUGCUGCAGGUGAACAUGAACACCUGCAUGGCCAUGUGCCCACCUGGACCCCACGCCUUCCUCAUGGUGGUGCGGGUCAGCUCGCUGCGGGGCAGGGAGUGGACGGUGGAGGGGCCUCUCGCUCUGCUGGGUGACUCGGUGUGGAGGAGCACGCUGGUGGUUUUUAUUCGCCAUGAGAAGCUGAGAGGUUCCUCUGUGGAGAACUUCAUCAGCAAACAUGAUUUCCUGAAAGCUUUAGUGGAGAAGUGCGGACACAGGUACCAGUUUCUGGACGCCAGCGGCUCAGCGAGCUGCAAAGCUCAGGUGGAUGAACUUUUGGAGAAAAUUGAUGCGAUGGUGGAGAUGCAGAAGAAGGCGGGCGGAGCUGGUUAUGUGUCCAAAAAGGAGGAGGUGUCGAUGGAAACGGAGGAGAAGAAGAAAGAAGUGGAGGAGCGAGCAGAUUCACGACGACACAGAGCUCAGAGGAGGAGGAGGACUCUCAGAUCUUUGCUGGAGGGCAGGAGCUCAACACCUGAGGAGCUUCAAGUCCUGCUUGUGGGAGCAAAGCAUGCUGGGAAGAGUUCAUCAGCAGACACCAUCCUCAGCGGCGGUGUCCUCCCUCAGGCCGGCGACCGACCAGCACAGGUGGUGGACACACCGGGCUGGCACGGUCGGUACUGCUCCAGCAGCACCCCCCAGGCCCUGCAGCAGCAGAUUACCCACAGUGCAUCUGUGUGUGACCCUCACGCCGUCCUGCUGGUGCUGCGCUGCGAUGAGACCUUCACUGAAACCGACAGGAGGACGGUGGAGGAGCACAUGGGGCUCCUCGGCUCCGGCGUCUGGACUCGGACCGUGGUUCUGUUCACGUGGGGAGACCGACUGGGACAUGCGUCCAUCGAGGAGCACAUUGAGAGGUGGACCUCCCUGCAGCAGCUGGUGGACCGGUGUGGGAACAGAUACCACGUGUUUGACAACUCCAACAGAGGUGGAAACUUCCAGGUGAGAGAACUUUCUGAGAAGAUUGAAGAGACACACAUGGAGAACGACGCUGAGAUCCUUCUGGAGAGUUUACAGGAUCUCCUCCAACAAAACCAGCAAAACUCCAAGAAGGCUUCAAGAAAACUGAGGGAAGUAAAGAUGGAGAAGAAGAAGAGGAUAGAGGAGUUGAUGAAAGAACUAAAAGAGAAAGAAGAGCAGAUAGAAAACCUGAUAGAAGCAAAACUCCAAGAAGAACAAAGAGAGAGAAUCGGUCUGAAGAGAUCUGCAGAGGAUGACAUCAUCCGGAGUCUGAGGGAAUGCAGAACCUUAACGGACCAACACCAGGAAGAAGGACAUUUCUCUCCCACGUCUGAGGAAAACGAUGAGGAACCUGUGAACAUUUGGAAGGCGUCAGAGCAGGUGAGGAGGAGGCGGAGCCAAAAGACCCAGACGACUCUCUCCUUCAACCACAGAACUGCAGAUCUCAGGAGACGAUCAACGUUUCUGACUCUGUCAGUUCAGCCACACAAACUCAGAGCAGAGGAGGAGGAGGAGGAGGAGGAGGAGAGGAGGGCGACGCAGGAGGACGGAGGAGCGACUGAAGAGAAGGCUGAUGCUGACGGAUCUUCCUCGUGGCCGACAGCUGGAGCUGCAGCUCUGGGCGCCGCCGUCGGGACGCUCGUCCCGUUUUUGAGGCUUCCUGCAGGAAUCGGCGUCCAGUCGGCCGUUUUUCCUGCAGCUGGAGCCGCACUGGGCAGCAUGCUGAUCCAGAGAGGAAGAUUCAGGAGGAAGGACGUCAGCGAGGACGUCCAGGAGACGCUGGAGGGACGACUGGAGACGGUCCUGUUAAACUCAGACAAAUAAAACUAUGAAAAACAUUUAAAAA